AUGUUAACGUCACUGAUAUAUUUCAACCAGAUCGAGAUCAUUCAAUAUAUUCAAAAGAACGACGGGUAUACUAACGCACUGUUCAAGCUUUAUGAGAGUGAGGAAGAUGUUAAUAAGCAAGCAAAAGGAGACGCCAAAGAAGAUGACAGCGCCAUCAGAAAGAAACGGGACGGAGUAAGGUUUGUGCACCAAAUGUCUAUAGUUGCCAAGAGCUUCCCACUCCAACAGCGAGCAUUGUUGUACGCGAAUUUUAUCCGGCACGGGCUGUUUGCUCUGAUAGACUUUGCACUGAAAGACGAGCUGCUGUCGAUUCGAGUGUUGGGGUCGGAGCUGAUAGUGACCAUAAUAGAACAGGACCCAAACCUGGUGCGGUAUACAAGUGAACGGGUAAUUGACGAAGAUAAUGACACGGAUAAUGACGGUAACAAUAAAGAAAAUGGAAUUAAUGGUGGGAUCAGUUUGAAUGGGAGGAAGAUUAGCCCUCAUAAUAGUACGGGCAGCAACAAGUACAACGAAAAAGUGAUUAAUGUAUUUAUCGACCUGUUAAAUAAUGACGAGGAUUUGGGAUUAAAGUCGCAAGCCACAGAGGCUCUUAAGGUUCUGUUAGAUGUAGGCGGUGGCAAUUACUCGUCCAACUCUUCAUCAUCAACAUCGUUAAAUUCCUUAGCAAUAAUGGGUGAAGAUAAGGAAUAUGGUGCAGACGGGUUUGAAGAGCAGUUCUAUAAGAAAUCGGCUCCAAGGCUGUUUGCUAAGCUGACUAGAUUAUCAUCAAGUUCACCUGAAGAGGCAACUAAAGAGCUGGAGGCAGUUAAUAAGACCAUGUCAAGUAUUGAAGGACGAGCGUCUUAUGAACAACUGUGCGACUUAUUGUCAUUUUGCAUUCGACAGCAUAGAGUACCAUGUCGGCAUUUUGUCAUCAGCCAUAACGUGUGGGCAGGCAUCUCGCGAUUGAUAGGAGUACGUCACAAGCAAGUGCGUUUGGCUGCCAUCAGGUGUCUAAAACAAGGUACAUUAACAGACGACAUUUAUUAUAUUCGCAGUAUUUGUCUUAGCGAUGCCCUUGGUAGUUUACUUGAUGUGCUAAUAGCACUCGGCGACCAAAACAACCUUAUCCAUUCAUCAUGUCUCGAACUUUUAACAGUGAUAGACUCACUUUCAAAUCAGCAUGCUGGACAUCAUCCUAUUACGACUAGAGAGAUAAUCAGUCAUAUGGUAGAAAAUUAUAAACCAAAACUGUACAAGCUCAAGGAAUCGGAUAUUGCUCAGUCCAUCAUUAACCACUACGAAGAACAACGUCGACAAGAUGAGCUAGAAACGCCUAUUCCAGCAGGAAGAAUGGAUUCAACUAUGACUGAACCAGAUUCACGACUGGAAUCGACGAUUGCCGAUGAUGCAAACAGCAGAUUUUCAUUUAUUUCGCAUGGCCCCAGUCAUGCUUCAGGCCAAUCUCCAUCUUCAGCAGCAGCAGUAGCAGCAGCUGUGGCUUUUGGACUAGUUGACUACGAGGAAGAAGAAGACGAUGAGAAAGAUAGCACUCUGUCCACCAAUGGGUCGAAAGAACUGCUAUCAGCAAAUGUAGAUAGCAGUCAUGAGACCAGUGGUGAUUAUGGUUCUAUUGAUGCUAGCAUAGAGCACGAUAACGACAAAUACGACACGAGCUCGACAAUCUCAACACCACCCAUUCCACCAGUUCGACUGAAGCGGCAGUCAUCCGGAUCAGAGCCAAGAGCAGCUCAGAAACGACGUGUCACUGAUGAAAAUUCCAGUCCUGUGCUAGAGGAAUCGGCAUCUACACCCACUAAACCCACUCCCGAGGAUACCAACACACCCACGCCAGCCUCAGGUGCAAUGUCCAUAGAUGCAAGUGACGAAGAAACGUCAACGGAUCCAGCAGAUCAGACUCCACCCAAGAAAAAGGGAGGUCACCUUCGACGAACGCUGGCCACGGCUGGCAAGAAGCUUUCCGUCACGUUUAAGCGAGACAAAGACAAAGCUGUAACUUCUGAUUAA